AUGUCCCAGCCCGCCGCCGCCGCCGCGGACAGGAUGCACUCCAAAAAGGCGGGGAUCCGAGCCGCCGUGGUGCUCAUUGGGCUGCUGCACAAGUCCCGAAAGCAAAAUAAAGCGAAAAGGAAGCAGGAGCUAGCCAACAACACAGAUGUGACCAUCCCAGACCGGCCCCUGUCCCCUCCCCUCACGGCUCCCCCAACCAUGAAGUCUGCAGAAUUCUUCGAGAUGCUGGAGAAGAUGCAGGGCAUCAAGCUGGAGGAGCAAAAACCAGGACCCCAGAAAAACAAGGAUGACUACAUCCCAUAUCCCAGCAUUGAUGAGAUUGUGGAAAAAGGAGGCCCUUAUCCACUGGUCAUCCUGCCCCAGUUCGGGGGCUACUGGAUUGAAGACCCAGAAAACAUUGGCACGCCAACAUCGUCUGACAGCAGCAUCUUCGAGGAGGAGGAGGAAAACCUCAGCCCCGGCAUGUUUGGCUACAGGCUGGAGUGCAAGGGUGAAGCUCGAGCAUACAGGAAACAUUUUCUAGGGAAGGAUCAUUUAAAUUUUUAUUGUACCGCCAGUAGUCUGGGAAACUUGAUUCUGUCCAUCAAGUGUGAAGAGGCUGAAGGCAUUGAGUACCUGCGGAUCAUCCUCAGGUCCAAAGUGAAAACAGUUCAUGAGCGGAUUCCCCUGGCUGGACUGAGCAAGCUUCCCAGCAUCCCUCAGGUUGCAAAGGCUUUCUGUGAUGACGCCGUGGGACUAAAAUUCAAUCCUGUCCUGUACCCCAAGGCUUCCCAAAUGAUUGUGUCCUAUGAUGAGCACGAAGUCAACAACACAUUCAAGUUUGGAGUCAUUUAUCAAAAAGCCCGCCAGACGCUAGAGGAGGAGCUGUUUGGGAAUAAUGAAGAGAGCCCAGCCUUCAGGGAGUUCUUGAGUCUGCUGGGAGACACCAUCACACUACAGGAUUUUAAAGGUUUUCGAGGUGGCCUGGAUGUGACCCAUGGCCAGACCGGGUUGGAAUCAGUAUACACUGUAUUCCGGGACAGGGAGAUCAUGUUUCAUGUCUCCACAAAGCUGCCAUUUACUGAAGGUGACGCCCAACAGCUCCAGAGAAAGAGACAUAUUGGGAAUGACAUCGUGGCCAUCAUCUUCCAAGAAGAAAACACUCCAUUCGUCCCGGACAUGAUCGCCUCCAACUUCUUACAUGCCUACAUUGUUGUCCAAGCUGAAAAUCCAGCCGGAGAGACCCCAUCCUACAAGGUCUCAGUCACUGCUCGAGAGGAUGUACCACUCUUCGGUCCACCCCUGCCCAGCCCCCCAGUGUUCCAGAAGAGUCCCGAGUUUCGGGAAUUUUUACUCACCAAACUCACCAACGCCGAGAACGCCUGCUGCAAGUCAGACAAAUUUGCGAAGCUUGAGGACCGGACCCGGGCAGCCCUGCUGGACAAUCUCCAUGAUGAACUCCACACCCACACUCAGGCUAUGCUGGGGCUGGGGCCUGAGGAGGACAAGUUUGAGAAUGGGGGCCACGGUGGAUUCCUGGAAUCUUUCAAGAGAGCCAUCCGGGUGCGCAGCCACUCCAUGGAGACUAUGGUGGGAAGCCAGAAGAAACAUCAGAGCGGAGGGAUCCCAGGCAGCCUCAGCGGGGGUAUCACACACAACAGCGUGGAAGUGACCAAGACCACUUUCUCACCUCCAGUGGCAGUAGCCACAGGGAAGAACCAAUCGAGGAGUCCCAUCAAGCGGAGGUCAGGGCUGUUCCCCCGCCUGCACACAGGCUCUGAAGGCCAGGCUGAUAGCCGGACACGAUGCGACAGUGUCUCCAGCACUCCCAAGACUCCAGAUGGUGGCCAUUCCUCUCAGGAAGUGAAAUCAGAGACCUCGUCCAACCCCAGCUCUCCGGAAAUUUGCCCCAACAAAGAGAAGCCUUUCGUCAAGGUGAAGGAAAACGGCCGAUCCAGCAUCUCCCGGUCCUCGUCCAGCACCAGCAGCUUCAGCAGCACCGCCGGGGAGAGUGAGGCCAUGGAAGAAUAUGACAUCGUGAGCAGCCAGCCCUCCACAGCUUCACCCUUCAAGCAGGAAGUCUUUGUCUACAGCCCGUCCCUGAACAGCGAGAGCCCCAGCCUAGUAGCAGCAGCGACGCCAGUUAUCAUGAGCCGGAGUCCGACAGACUUGAAGAACAGGAACUCUCCGAGGUCCAAUCUGAAGUUCCGCUUUGAUAAGCUCAGCCACACCAGUUCCAGCGCGGGUCACUAGUGGGGAAGAGAAGUCCUUCGCCUGUCAAAGGGCGGUCCUGCCUCAGCCCAGGGAGAUGGCUCCUCUUCUACCAAGACCUUGGGAACAUCUGUCCACUACACUAAUCCCUGAAGCUGCUCCCAUGCCCAGUGUCCCCCAGCCACUGGCUUCAAGCUGAGGCCAGCCUUCCACUCAGCAGCCUCUGUAACCCUCUGACCUUCCCCGAUGUUCCUGGUGGUGGAGUGCCUGGUGGGCACACCUCCCGCCUUUCUGAGAGGAGGCUUUUUGUACCAUGUAGCAUACACUGGACAUGCUGUGGCCCAGCCCCCCAGGGCCCACGCCCAUAGGUCUGUUUGUUGAUUCACUUUGUGUACUCCCUGCCUGUGCCACAGCUGGGUGUCUGGCCAAUGUUGUGAGUACAUCUGUGCUGUCUCCUACAGGUGAGCACAUUCCACAAAAGGUGUCUCUCCUCUAAGCUUCCCCCCCUAAUGCUCCGUCCCCUCUGGUCCCCACCAUGGUACGUCUCCAUCUUGGUUUUGGUCAGUCCUGUCUGUGAAUGGUGGGCAGAGGUCAGCCUGGUUAGUCUAUGAGUAUCUAAGUUAUUAAUUAGCCCUCUGUCCACAGGCAGGCUUCCUUCUCCCUUCCCUGAUCAAAAUUCCAUCAUGAAGUGCCAGGAAAGCCCAAAACUUACAUUGGCAGGGCCCAAACAUCCAUCUCUCUUUCAGGGAGCAGCCUCUGCUCCUUCAGAUGCUCCUUUUGAGAAUGGGCUUGGGGAGGAUGAGAGAAAGAGACAGAGGAAGAGAGAGAUUGAAGCCAGAAGCAAACCCUCUGGCCUCACUGACAACAAGCUCAGGGAAGGAAUGGAAUGCUUUGAAGGUCAGUGGUCUAUUCUAGGCUGCUGGGAGUUACAUCAUCAUGUCUCAAAUAAAGCUGCCCUGGCAUCCCCUGUGGCCAGGGAAGAUGUCUCUAGGUAGGAUUCCCACUCUCUUUUAGUGAUUGCCAUCUUCCUCCCAGAAGCCAAGUUUGGGAGGGUCCUGGCAAAAUGCAUCAGGACCAGUUGGGCCAUCCCAUGCCAAUGGGCUUCCCAGAACAUUCAUUUGUUAGCCCGACAAGCAUUUCUUAAGCAUUUGCUGGGGGAAAAAAAUCUGUCCCUUGCUCCCUGCAGCUUCUCCCAUCAUCCCAGUGAAACCUCCUCAGCACCUUAAGCAGAGAUGUUCGUUGAUGUGGAUUGUCUGCAUCCUUUCAUGUCCAAAGUCAGAUGUCUCUUCAUCCCUACCUCUUUUCAUUCAGACCACAGGUCACUUUCCAUGGCUGCUGGAAGGGGACCCCCUUUCCCCACCUCUUCCCUCACUCUGAUGGGGAGAUCCUUGUAAAAGUCAGAGGUCAAGUGUAGGGGCAAAGAGGGACUAGGAGAGAUUAUGGAGGUGGUCAUUAGUCAGCACAUUCCAAGAGAGAGAUAGAAGUGUGCCAAGGCUGUGAGACCUGGACCCAAAUACAGAUUUCUGCUCACAUUUGGAGUCCGCUAAUGGUUUGCCUUAGUAUUCUGAUUCCCCCCCACCCCCCUCACCCAGGCUGCAAGACGGAGAGCUAGACAUCACAAGACCAGAUGUAGCCCAUGGGAUGACAGAUCCAAAGCUGGCAAGGGAACCUCAGAGACUAUCUAGUCUCUCAUUUUACAGAUGAGGAAACUGAGGCCCAUGGAAGCAAAGUGACUUACUCAAGGUCACACAAUGGUAGUAAGCCUGAGAGGCAGGAUUUGAAUCCUAUUCCAGAGCCUGACUUUCCAUCACACCAGGGCCAAAUGGAUGCUUUUGCCUCUUAGAGAUCUGGACCAAGGGGAACUAACUGAGAAGUAUGAACAGGAAGAGUUAAGGUUCCCCUAUCAAUUUAAUCUCAGACUUUCCAAAACAUUAAGGGCAAAAGUCAGCCCCACAUGCCAAAUUCUAUAGCAGCACCCUGGUGUGCCAGAAUGACCAAGGCAGACUUUAUUCCCAGGGUCUGUGCCUGGGACCGUUUCCCCUUUUCCUGUCCUGUCGUUCCGCCCCCUGCACUACUUUCUGUACAUCUGGAGGGGGGUUAGUCUCCAUGGGUUACUGUGCCUGGGCAGAAGGGCUCAUCUCAUUGGCCCCAUGCCACGGGAGGCCAUUUGCCCUUAUUUGUUCCCUCUAGUCCCAGGGAGCCCACCUCCUUAUAGACCAGCCUGAUUCAUAAAGGGUGUCCCCACUCUGAUGACAGUCAGUCCAUCCCUUCAAUCAGAAAAUGGAAGCUUUCUUGAGCUUUGAAACAGAAGUUUGGUGCAGCAUAAGGCAGCUUGACUCACAUCCCAUGAUGCUGUCACCAAUGGCCUUAGUGCAGAUGGAGGCUGAAUUUGUAAUUUGAUUUUAGAGUCUGAGAUGGAUAACACCUUUGAGGAAGUGCAGUGUCAUUGACUUCAAGGAUACCCACUGACUCAAAGUCUGGGCCAAAAUGAGCAUUGCCUCUGAAUUUCAAAAUAAUCUACGGUGCCACGAUUCAAACCAGGCUCUCAAACAAUUUAAUGAGGCCCAGAAGCUUCUAGAAAUGGGGGUCUAGGGGUCCACAUGCCAGGGGCCUCCAAGAUCUUCCCUAACAAAGGCAUCUAUCAAAAGGAGAGGUUUUACUCAAACUGUUUUAAUGAAUAGAUCGGAGGCACUUAAUUAUAAUCAAACAAUUCAUAGACAACACACAUCCAGAUCUGUUUUCCCCACCAAGUUGAAGUGAAGCCUUCCUUUUUCUUGAGAAACAGUAUAAUUUCCUGCUGAUUUCACCGUGAUAAAUUUUAGAAGCGGGGACCCUAUUGAUUUGGAAUUUGUAAUAAUUCAGCAGUAGGCUAGGGUCCUUUUAUAUUUUGUUAGAAAGGGGAGUGCCAACAUCACCUGCUAUAACUCGUCUUUUUAAAGAUUAGGAAACUGAGGAUUUUUGCUCAAGGCAAUUUGAGCAAUUUGCAGAAAUAAUUUGUUCAAGGUCACUUAGUAUCAGAGCUGGGACAAUGACCCGGGCUCUCCCCCAUCCCAUCCCCCUCCCCCUUUCCCAAUGCUGCCCAUCUGAAAUUUCCCUCUACACACUACCUAUAAGGAGAGGAGUUUGUUCUAAAUAAGUUUAGUCUAAAUAAGAUUGCUCUUAUGAAGAACUUCUCUCCAAAGUUGGCCUAGUCAGGUGCUCUUAAAAAUUUCCUUGGCAGCACCCAUUUGUACAUAAACAAUGUGAUUAUGACAUGUGAUUCUUAUCUUUUUCUUCAAGCAGGUCAGGUAGGACUUGGCCACACUUUUCAUUGUGUUUGUCUGUCCUUGAAAGUCCUAAAUGAUGUUUAGUUGCAGAAUAUUCGGUAUUUCUUUUCAUUUGUCACUAAUUCAGCCUGAGCCUUCUUCCCUGAGUCCCGACCCCUAUCCAGGUUAGUCAAAUAAGUAAGUUUUGACUGUAGCUGUCUCCAUCUGCUUGGAAGCAGCAGUGCCUUUAAUCGUGGUUUGGGGUGAUUGCUUUUUUUAGGUUGUAAUGUGUCACCCCCACUUGUGGAGCAUCAGGCUCCAUGACCUCAUACCACCCUGGCUGGCUCUAAGCAGCUCAGCCCACCUCCUGGCAGACAGCUGUCCAUUCUCUCUGCUGUUCCUCGGAGGUCGAGUUUGGUGAGAGUAGAACAGUAGCCUUGCAUUCCCAUUUCCUUAUAUGUUGGCUUCAGUAGCUUCUGAAGUGGCCCUCUUUCCCUUUGGGUCUGGCACUGAGACCCAGCAUCCUGUAAAUAAUUACUCUGUUGGCUUCAAGAGUGAACACUAUCUGCUCAUCUGUGUUCCCAAUCUCCAGGAGAAGGAAGAAAACAAGGCUAGGAGCAAGAUUCUUCCUUGUGCCUCUGGAUUUCACAUUUGUGUACAGUACUGCAGUCCAAACAUGGAUUUUAAACAACUUAAAAGACUUAAUGGAGCAGUAUCUCUUACUAAUGGGGGUCUUAAGGUCCCCUGAAAGCUUCUCUUGCAGUUCUAUCUAUAGAAUUAUCAUGCCCUUCUCCUGGACUCUUGGCCUUUGGAGCUGCUCUCUGGGCUUACUGACAUAAAGUGUGAGGAGUGGAGAGUUGGCAUAAGUAACCCUGCCGGUUGUUAUCGCUCAGCUUUGUUCAUUGGGAUGGUUCUCUUUAGGAAUUUGCGAGGUUUGCCUUUGUGCGAGCUAUGGAGAAAGUGUUUGCCAGAUAGACUUAUAGGGAUUGGGGAAUGUUUCAUUUUCUUGAGGAAAUCGAGUGUUUUCAGGCACGUUGGCAGCACCUGACUGCUCACAGAUGAUGUUUAACUCAAUAAUUGCUUCUUUGCCAUUCAUUAAAGAACCUUUCCUGGUAAACCUGGGGUCAGCUAGAAUAACUGUGCUUGCAAAGUGAAGUCGGUCUUCCUUUGGAGUAGUCAGGUUUGGCACUAUUUUAGAAAGACUUCAAAAUCCUAGAAAUCAGAGGCUGUUAGAACUGGCAGGGGCUUUGAUCUGAUCCUACUCCCUCACCUUACAGAGGAGAUAAACUGAGGCCCAGAGACACGAAUUGAUUUGCCCACGGUCACUUUGCCAUUGACUAGACACCGGGUCUCAGCUCCCAGUCAAGUGCUUUUUCCAUAAUACUGUGCUCACCACUACCACCACCGACCCAUCCCAUCCCCACCCCCAUUAGUUUGAGUGAAUGACAAGAACUGAGGUCCUUGGAUUCUACCAAAGUGAAUAAGUUGGUCUCUCCAGGUUGGUGCCCGAGUCAGGGAGAUAUGGGAGUCCAACUAACUUUCUUAGGCGGUGUGGAACUUGGCCCCAGAUAUGUACACACUAAGUGCUUAGUCAAGUUUGAGUUGAAUGAGAUGGAAUUGGAGGGAGAAUUUGUUGACUCCCUCUAGCAAAGACUCCUUGGACUUUGAGCUCACCAAGAAAAGUAAAGUCCAGAUGGCCAGCUAGAUCCUAGAUCCAGCUAGAUCCUAGAUCCUGGAUCCAUUUUAGUCACCGAACUCACACCAGCUCACCAACCCCAAGCCUUUCGCAGGAGUUGGGACUGAGGCUAAACACAAGGCAUAGUUUAAAAACCCCAGUUCCCUCUUGGCAAAUAACAAAGAAAUAGUGUCUAAAGAGGUCUCUCCUGUCCCACACUACCGCACCACCUCAUUCCCCCAAUGAGCAGAAUGGGAUGCUAGAUUUCAUGGUGGGCACACAUCAGUUAACUUAGAUGUUGCCCCAAGGACUGUGCAGAAAUAAACAUCUAUUUCUCCAUAUCCAUAGUGAUCAGGCCUCCAGAAUGGGGGGAGGGGCAAGGCUCUCAGAAGUAGGCUCCUUCCCCUCCCCACCCCCCCAGCAAUAUAGAACAAAGGAAUGGUCUCCCUCUAAUUGCCUGGGGUGGUGGUGAGUUAGUAUUUGCCAAGGGCAGGGCUUCCCAGGAAUUUCUCUGAAGUAGAAGAAAGAUUACUGGGCACUCAGGGCCAGUUCUGGGCAAAUUUUGUUUGUCCAAGGUCUAUUUCCAUUCUUUUCUCCUCCAAAUCCUGAGGAAGAUAAUGCCAUGCUUACAAACUUCUGUGGAUGUCACUGGAUACCCAUUCCCCUGGGAGGAGAGAUGGGCUAGGCUACAGAAGAGUGGGUCAGUGGGAGCUGAGCAUAGCAGACAAGGACAAGAUGGCCCUAGAAGGAGGGGAUUUGGCUUCCUGCUUUGUGGUGGAGGCUGGGCAGCUCCAGUGGGGUGUGGGUGAGCUCGAGAGGACAUGAAUUCUGUCCCUUUCUUUUGUGACGUUCCACUUUCUUGGACUUUGUUUUCUGCUUGGAUGAAUAAACUCCUCUCUUUCCAUUCCUCUUGCUGAUCUCCUAGCAUGGUUGAGGACCCUACUUUUUCUUUUUCAUGAAUGUAGUUUUGUGACACCCCCUCAAGUACAGCAAUGUUUACCUGUGAAGAAAGUUCCUAGGAGUGAUGAAAUCUCCGAGCCAAGCUCAGCUCUGACAGUGGUGGUGAUGAUCACGGUUCUUUUCCCUUUUUGGAGCGGAAAGGUGCUUUGUAGAGUCUGAUUGCCUAUGCCCUGUAAAUAGUGUACAUUUAAUUUAUUGCUACGGUAACACGGUGUAUUGGUUAAUGUAUAAAACAAAUUCUAAAAGGUUCACAAAUGUAUAUUUUGUUGCUUAAAUGUGUCUUUGCAGAAAUUCACAAUAAAUAACAUAUUUUGUGUC